AUGAUCUGUGUCUACCUCAAAGGGAGAGGAACACAUCUGAACCCCUCUACCCCCACGGCCCCUCAAGGGGCAGCCCUCACUGUCUCUUCAUGGAUUAAGGUCUGUUCCUGUUUGCUUCGAAGCACGUUGGGUGCUUCGAAAAAUUACACAUUCGGUAAAACGGGGGCUACGGAAGUAGGGAUCAGGUGGGAUGGGGCAAUGCUCCUCUCCCGGCAAACUCCACUCCGCGAAAAGGCAAUUCGGCGCGUCUCCACGUGUGCCGCGAUCCCUGCCCCUCUUCCGGGCCCUUCUACCCUGGAAGGGAUCCGGCUGUUUACCUCUCUAUUCCAGCUCACGCCCGCCCGUCCCUUCCUCGCGACCACGCUGGCCCCGCCUCCUGGCUGCCCCGUUGGUAAGGAAAUAGCGGAGGAGGGAGGAGGACGGCGAAGUGACCGGGAAGAAGCGGCGGGUCUACUGGAGGGUGAACUCCCUGAGAGCAGGGGCCAUGUAUCUUCAAGCUUUCAACAACACCCAGCACAAGACUGGUACGAGGCAGGCUUCAACAACUGUUUGUUAAAUGGCUUUGUGAAAAUUGCUAUUUCAUGUGGUACAAAAAUAUUAGUAACUUUAUAUCUUCAUUGUGAAUUGUGGCUGUAUUCGUCCAUUUUCACGCUGCUGAUAAAGACAUACCUGAAACUGGGAAGAAAAAGAGGUUUAAUUGGACUUACAGUUGCACAUGGCUGGGGAGGCCUCAGAAUCACGGCAGGAGGCAAAAGGCACUUCUUACAUGGUGGCGGCAAGAGAAAAUGAGGAAGAAGCAAAAGUGGAAACCCCUGAUAAACCCAUCAGAUCUCAUGAGACUUAUUCACUGUCACGAGAAUAGCACUGGAACUACCGGCCCCCUUGAUUCAAUUACCUCCCCCUGGGUCCCAGCCACAACACAUGGGAAUUCUGGGAGAUACAAUUCAAGUUGAGAUUUGGGUGGGGACACAGCCAAACCAUAUCAGUGGCCUUUUUUGUCUCAAUGCUUCUUUGUAAUAAACUUUUUAUUUUUGAUUAA